AUGGCUCAGUGGAAGGUCCAGUGUGGAGAAUGGCGUGCCGGCGUGGGCAUGGGAGGCCUUGAAAGCUUGCUGGGGCGCAGCGACAAGCUUGUCCCAUUCAUUCCAUCAUCGCGCCGUCGCAGGCCAACCACUCCCUCUCCUUCAUCGGGAUCCUCCUCGAUCCAGCCAACCACCAGCUCCCCUCCUGAUCCACCAACCAGCCGCCGCCACCCCCUCCCUUGUUUUCCCCACGAGCCAAUCCCAGGGCACCAGCCUCACCGUGAUCCGAUCCGUCGGAUCAGGAUCCAACGACAGCCAGUGUCCCCAGCCACCCACGCCUACACCUCCCGCAGUGCUCGAUCCGAUCUGGAUCGAGGCAACCGCCCCUCGCUCCUGAGUGGAGCUCGAUCCCCGUCGCCACGCACUACUAGCCGGAGCAUCUCUAUCGCCGGCCGAAACCCCGCAGGAACUCGCCGCCACUGCCGUGGAUUUGGAACAGCGUCGUCGUCGAGCUUAGUCCGCGGGCGCCAUUGCCCGGACCCAGUGCUAGCCGACCGGAUCCACCCGUCUUCGCCGUUCUUGGCGCUGCCGGUGCCCCAAGUUGCCCCGCUACUGCUGUUCUCCGGCCAUGGAGCCUCGGCCUCCUCUGCUAUCCGCGAUGCCCAAGGCCCCAUCCUCGCCCCCUCCAGCGACCUCGACUCCGAGCCAAGUCCCGCGCCAUGCCAAGCUAUCGUCGUCUUCCUCGUCGUCAAGUGCCCGCGUUGCCGUCCAGGACCCCGCCGGUCUCCCCUGCUUCUGCUCCCGGAGGAGGACGAGCGCUUCGCUCGCCAACCACUGCUCACACGCACGCACGUGGGCCGAUGCCUCCCCAAGGCCCAACGCGCUCCAGCCUCGCCUGAUCCAGCGUUGGUCGCUGCGUUGACCAUGCAUCUAGCCUCCGUGGGUUGCGUCCUGCUGCCAGGCCCAGCUGCACCUCCCCACCGUCUGGCCCAGAUCCGACCCCUGCGCAGCCCGACCACCGCAAGCCCAAAGUGAGCCACCCCACAAAGUCCCGCCCCGAGCGCGUUUUUGCUAUCUAGCGCCCGCUCCUGUUGCAGAUUCGGCCCGCGUAUUUUUUUCCUGCCUGACGAAUUUUGUAUUUAACCACUGCAUGCAUAAUUUCAGAGAAUGCCAUUGUUUUUAAAUGCUCACAAUUAAUUAAUCAUGCAUCGGAUUAAAAUGUUUUAAAUAUGAAAAAUGCUUAGAAUUUCAUCUAGUUUCACAAUAUGCAACUUUCAUCCAUGUUUGAAAUGUUUAAAUUGUUGUUUCCUUUUAGUUUG